CUUCUGGUAUUAUAUUGUAAACCUUCACAAUCACAACAGACGACAGCUGACUCUGUAGAGAGACGCACCUUGAACGUGAACAUCGAUCCUAUUGUCGUAUUUGCAUUGGAAGACAUACCUGAAAGAUUCGAGCAAAAAAUGCCUCUUGCUAAGGAUUUGUUGCGGCCCAGUUUCGCAGAUGAGAGGAGAAGACACAAGAAGAAGAGGCUGGUACAAAGUCCAAACUCCUACUUCAUGGAUGUUAAAUGCACAGGCUGCUACAAGAUCACUACUAUCUUCAGCCAUGCUCAGACAGUGGUACCUUGUGGAGGGUGUUCUUUAAUCCUCUGCCAGCCUGGAGGGGGCAAAUGCAAACUAACUCCAGGCUGUGCCUUCAGAAGGAAACAAACCUGAGCAAAAAAUGUGGAUGCACCCAUGUCAGGUGGCAAAAUGGACCAUGGAUAUAUAGUCUGAACCUCACUUGAUCUAAAGUGUAUGAAUCCUUGGAGGAAAAAUAUCACAUACAAGUAUCUUGUUGAUUUGGAGUGAAAUUGAAUAAUUCUAUUAGGGUUUCAUUGGACAGGGGGAGACUUGAGAGCGCAAGAUAAACUUAAAUUGUUUUCUUUCAAGUGUGGUCAGAUUGAAUGAAAUGUGUAACAUAAUUCUACAAUGAAGCACUUAUUGUUUUAAUGCACCUUUUGAAUAAGUCAAAUGGGAUUUUAGUCAUCCAAUUACAAAAAAAAGUCAAACAAGUCAUCAUUUCUGUAAAACAUUUAUUAGGUUGACAAAGAGUGGGGGUGGUGAAUGAAAUAUUCCAAAAUGGUCUUAUGGCCCUGGCGAGAGAUGAAACCACGAUGACCGUUACAAACAAAAAUAAAAAAUUUUAAGGAUU